GGGAUCUGCUUCGGCUUCUUCUGGAGGGCCCAUGAUUGCCCAUGGCUCGGGCCAGCACCAGCUCUAUGCCUCUGUCCCCGCCCAUUCUGCUUUUGGUAAUCCUGCAAGCAAUGAUGACAAGGUUGAAGAGAGGAAGGAAAGUGAAGAAAUGUCGAAGGCCUUUGAGGCGGUUGCUGGAGUCAGAAAAGAAGUCGACAAGCUUUCCGAAAGAGUUACUGCUCUAGAAGUGGCCGUGAACAGUGGGACAAAGGUUGCAAAUGAGGAAUUUGAUGUAUCGGCAGAGUUACUCAUGAGGGAGCUGUUGAAAUUGGAUGGAAUCGAGUCUGAAGGAGAAGUGAAGUUACAGCGGAAGGCCGAGGUACAGCGUGUCCAAAACUUCCAUGACACUCUCGAUAAAUUGAAGGCGAGAAAUUCCAAUCCUUUUAGCGACAAACUGAAAGCUGUAAAAGUCGCAACAAACUGGGGGACUUUUGACUCCAGGAUGGGAAACUUGACCGCCCCUCUGCCUACGUCGUCUUCAACAAAUGUAACACGGGAUUGGGAACGGUUUGAUGAUUAGUUAAUAUUUGCUCUGAGAUGGAUCCAGCCAUGUCAUCUUGGAUUUGAUUAGUUAAUAUUUGCCUAAAUUUUUGUGGAACUUGAUAUAUUAGGUCUCAUAUGCCAUGGUUGAUUUAGCCACUACUAAUUAUAUUUUAUGUUGUUAAACUCUUAUUAAUUGAUCGUCUCUCUUAUAGAUGUAUGUCGUCGACUGAAAAAGAAUAAUAACAGUACUUAGUCAUUAAUUCCGAUGUAUGAGUUUUUUUUUUAUCCACUC